CUUUCUCUGUUUUACCAUUCUUCGCUCCUCUCGUCUCUACUAUCUUACUAUCACUGCUAAUCGACGAACCGGAGCAUAUGAUCUUCUUUAAUGGCAAAGCGAAAACCCUAGAAAUCUGUUACCAAAGAGAUAUCACCGAGACUAGAGACUCUUUGUAAGGGUUGAAAAACUAUUAACGACGGUUCAAUAUCGAAGCUUGCGAUUUGUUAGAACAAUGUUGGAAUGGCUCAGUACAGGCAAGCAGGCACGGAGAGAUUCGGUGUUCGAAACCAUGAUGUCCACCAUGGAAGCGGAAGCUCAAAUUCGGAUCACUUCUCUAUUGGCAUUCGAGGAACGAGUAAGCAGGGACGGGCAAGGAGAUCUGGUCGGUCUGAUAAGGGGCGGAGGAUCUCGGUUCGUACGGUGGUUGUGAUUCUCUGUUUCGUCCUCAUUGUCACUGGUUUCGCUUACUAUUACCUGUCCAGAGAUAAAGAAAUAAACAGGUUUCAUGGUCAGGACAAUGACAUGAAAAAUGACUUGGAUUUUCUUGCUAAUGUAACUAGCACGAGGAGGUCUAAAGUGCUCGAUUUUGGUCAGGGCUCUGUGUCACAUGGCAAGGAUUCCCGGUAUUGGGACCGGGAUGACCGGAGAAGGGACGAUGAAUAUAAUGAGGAUGAUUUAGAGCUUAAUAAUGCUGGUGUUGGUGAUAACAAUAGGUCUAUGGAUAAGGGCCAUUUUGGGGUGGAAGAGAGGAGUGGAGAAAAACAAUUGUCUCGUGAAGCUGGGAAAAAGUUGAACGAAAAGCAAAGACUGGAUCAUGGAAGCGGAGGAUUGUAUAAUGAAGCAGGGCGCGAUGAGCUGAAACAAUAUGAAGCAGAGUUUGAAGCCUCUUUGAAGAACAUUGGGCAAUCAAGGCGGGAGACUGGCAAUAAACGUGAGCUAUCUGAUGGUGAGGAUACAGGGCUACAGAUUGAGGAUUUUGACACUGAUGAUGAAUAUGAUGAUGGCAUUGAUUCUCAUGAUGCUCAUUAUAGUGAUGCAAGACAUGACGAUGAAGAUCAGUCUGAUAUAGCAAGAGACUGGGAUGAUGAUGAUCCUGGAGAGUCUUCUGAUACCCUUGAUGCUGGAGCUGAGCACCAACGUUCUGCCAGGGAGGCCGAUGACACUGAAGAAUCUUUCAAUAAUUCAACUGAGGAAGACUCUCCCUUGAUUAGUGCUAAUAAUGGUAAAAUAAGUUCCAGACACAUGAGGGUCACCAGUGCCCAAUCUACUACUAGAAGGUCAAGAUCUGGGAAAAAGUCUGUUUCAAGGAGAAAAGCAAAGCACCACAAAUUUUCAGGUUCUUCGUGUGGGAUGAAGUUCUCAAACUCUACUGCACAGCUAGUCGAGCCUUUAGAAAGUCGCAAAUUUUCAAGAUUUUCCUUGCAAUAUACAGAAGUAGAAGAGAGGCGUAGUGGACAAGAGCAAUGGGAGCCCAGAUUUGCUGGGCAUCAGAGUCUCGAAGAAAGGGAAAAAUCAUUUAUUGCACGUGACCAAAAUAUAAAUUGUGGCUUUAUUAAAGGUCCUAAAGGAUAUCCAAGUACAGGAUUUGAUAUUUCAGAAGAUGAUGCAAGAUUUAUGAGUAGUUGCCACAUUGCUGUAUCCUCUUGCAUCUUUGGAAACUCAGAUAAGUUGAGAACACCUAAUGAUAAAACGGUCACACGUUUAUCAAGAAAAAAUGUUUGCUUUGUUAUGUUUAUGGAUGAAAAUACUUUGCAAACACUUUCCUCAGAGGGGCAAAAGCCAGACAGAAUGGGUUUUAUUGGCUUAUGGAAGGUUGUAGUGGUAAAGAAUUUACCUUUUACUGACAUGCGGAGAGUGGGAAAAAUACCAAAAUUUCUAACUCACAGACUCUUUCCUUCUGCAAGGUAUUCAAUCUGGCUUGAUAGCAAAUUACGUCUCCAAAGUGAUCCUCUCCUUAUUUUGGAGUACUUUCUGUGGCGGAAAGGUUAUGAGUAUGCAAUUUCCAAUCAUUAUGAUCGGCAUUGCGUGUGGGAAGAGGUGGCACAAAAUAAGAAGCUGAACAAAUUUAACCAUACCGUCAUUGAUCAACAAUUUGCUUUCUACCAGGCUGAUGGCCUGAGAAGAUUCAAUGCCUCAGAUCCCAACAGACUUCUACCAAGCUAUGUCCCUGAAGGGUCCUUUAUUGUGAGAGCACACACGCCAAUGUCAAACUUGUUCUCUUGUCUUUGGUUCAAUGAAGUUGACCGUUUUACACCGCGUGAUCAGCUGAGUUUUGCUUAUUCGUACCUGAAGCUGAGAAGAACAAAUCCUGGAAAACCAUUCCAUCUCAAUAUGUUCAAGGAUUGUGAGAGACGAGCUAUAGCGAAGCUAUACCGUCACAGAUCAUCAGAGAAACGCAACUUACCUUUGGUAGUAAUGGGGUGAAAAGUGGGUUUCAUGGAGCUUCUGCACAGGAAAAUUGUUCUCUGAAGUAUGUAUUUUAUGCUUGGCAACACUUGCAUGCUGUGCUACAGGUUAAACCCGAGUACGGGAAUGGCAUAGCUUUAACAGCCCUGCAGGCCUGUCAUCAUGGUCAUUUUGUUUGUGCAGCUUUAGGAAAGUUUAUAGCAAAUGCACACAUUUAAUGUUCCAGGUCAGGCUCAAAAUGCUGCAUUCUUUUCUUCAUUUUGGUCUAUUAUUUCUGUAUAUGAAAAGAAAUCUACAAUGACCAUCGGUUCUCAAGGGCAUCUGUUUCCAUUCAUUUGUUGCUUCUCUGGAGGCACAGAAACUUCAGAUUAGCCCUGUACUAGUAUUUCAACAGUUUCCACAGUCAGUGCUAUUUACUUUAUUGGCCCAUGAUUUCUCUCAUUGGGUUUUGUCCACCAUCCUAUAUGUACUGUAGGCUAUGAAAUUUUGAUGGGUCAUUUGCACUUGUAUGAUAUUUUGGCAAAUUGAUCCUUGAUGCACGAUUGUGUUCUUGUAUGAGCAAAUAUGAAUUUAUCCAAGUGAAUGAUGUUUAUGUUACAGCAAAA